GGUCUAGGUCUGAUGAUGUUGUGAAGUAGGCCAACUUCCAAUCUGUUUUUAUUGGUUGUUGAAAUUCUUGUUUUACCCCAGGCUUGCUUAAGAAGGUGGAGGAACAGGGGAGCUCAUUGGUCAUCUCUGGACUCCCCAAGGAUGUGACCGAGAGCGAUGUGAUGCAGUGGUUUGAAAAGGACCACGUUUCUGAUGUCAGAUUCUUCAUUUUCAGCAACCAUCUAACAGUUGCCAUGGUGACCAUAAAGGGCCCUUUGGCUACUGAGUUUGCCGUUGGGAAGAUGAAUGGCGUCUGCGUGCCGGGCUCCACUUUACAUGUGGAGCACAUCAGACCGGUUACCGAGAGCUUGAGUCCAGCCCUGCAGAUCCUCAUCGCCUCCAGCAAGGUACCAGAGGAGACAGGUGGUGCAACGAAACCCAGUGCCAACAAAACCCACUCCAGCCUCACUGUGGGAAAGGUGCCCGGCCCAGACAAGCAUAAGGUCCUGAGCGACUCGCCCACGGCGGAGGGCACCUGCGUGCCGCAGCACCACGCCACCAUGGGCAGCUUCCACAAGCUGAUGGUCGCGCUGAAGGAGCGCCACCCGGAGGCUGGGAGGCUGGCCAUAGUGGGCGCUCUGCAGGAGGUGAAGACGCGCCACCGGGGCAGCCUCAGCGGCCUGCCGCUCAGUAGCAUUGUGGGGAUGGCGUCCAAGCAGCUCGCUGCUACGUCUUCUUCCGGCGCCACAGCAGCCAGUGGAGGGAGUAGGUGAUCACCACAGCAACCUCAAGAGGUAGUUUUGGGGGGGGCGUGGCAGCACCCUGAAGGGAUAGUUGGGGCAUCGCGGCACCCUGCGGAUCCCUCAAGUUUUUGAUAAAUACAUUUUUGUUUAUGUUUAUAUAUAUAUUAAGGCCUAUAUAUGUUCGUUUUGUUUGGAAGGUUCCCUAGGUUGUUCCACUGCUCCAUAUGUUGUUUAUGGAGCAGUGAUUUGUUUGUUUAUGAAGAAGUUAAUUGUUUGGCCGGAAAGGUUGAGUUUAUUGUUUUUCUUUUGUGCCUUCCUUAUGUCUUUACUUACUUGUCCUUUCUUUCUAAUAUGCUCAAUUUGUAUAGGCACCAAAGCUGUGUUCAUAAGUAAGUAUUCUUUGAACUUAUGGGUGUUUGAAUACCAUAGAAUGUUAGUCAUGUGGUUAUUCAUCAAUAAAAAAAUAUAUGUAAAGAAA